UCUUGAAGAACCAUAUUUACAUUGCAAUUGCCGAUUGAACUACAGAAGUAUCUUCAAUCCCUGCAAUGGCGACGGUCACGUUCUCCCUAUCCGCUAAAACCCUAAUCCUACCAUCCCACCCUAAAACUCCAAUCUUCAACCAAGUAAAGAACGUUGGGUUCUUGAGGAGGGUCCUUUGGAUGGAGAAUACUCGUCGAAGAGGAGUAGCAGCAGCGAACAGAGAGAGACCAUUAUGCUUCCCGGUUGCGACUACAACCACUGGCUCAUUGUCAUGGAGUUCCCCAAGGAUCCUGCUCCCACCCGCGAGCAGAUGAUUGACACUUACCUGAAUACCCUCGCCUCCGUCCUUGGAAGCAUGGAAGAGGCAAAGAAGAACAUGUAUGCCUUUAGCACCACCACCUACACAGGAUUCCAGUGCACUGUUGACGAAGCAACAUCUGAGAAAUUCAAGGGGUUGCCUGGUGUUCUUUGGGUGCUGCCAGACUCGUAUAUAGAUGUUAAAAACAAAGACUAUGGAGGUGACAAAUACAUAAAUGGGGAGAUCAUUCCUUGCAAGUACCCCACCUAUCAACCAAAACGUAGUAGCGGACCAAAGAAUGAGAGCAGAAGGUACGAGAGAAGGAGAGAUGGCCCUCCUCCUGAGCGCAGAAGGCCAAGAGAAGAGGCAGCUGCCUCAGAUUCAGCCUCUACAUGAGGCCAGCUGCUGCAAGAUCCUUUUUGUAGGCAUUGUUAUUCAUUAUACCCUUGCAAGCUCUGAUAUCAGUUGUUAUAUUACUAUUAUUUCAGGUAAUUUUUCAGUUUUUUUCCCGAGUAAUGCCAAACGAAAGCAGCUCCUUAUCAUAUGCCACUUCAUUUAACCAACUAGAAGAUUAAGGCAUUAAGCUUUUGUUGGAUUUUCAUGAGAUAUAUACAAUUGGUCUUGCCAGGUUACUCAGCCCAUCUCGAGGAAUAUGUGUUCUUGGACUAUGAGGUGACAUGUAAGAUGGGCGUGGGGUAUAUUUGUGUAAUUGUUUGUAAUCUGGUAUUCGUUAUAUCGACCCGUUUUUGGUGCUAUGAUAAGUCUUUUAUAGAUUCAUGUCAAGUGACAAAUAGGAACUGUACUAUUUAGUGUGCAUAUUUAGCUUCUUGACAUUGAAUGGCCGAUCAAUGAUGUUUUAAUUUUGCUA